GAGGCCUAGAAGGCCCUGUUUAAACCUAUGUCCAGUUGUAAAGCCACAAGACACGAUGGUUCAGUGGACAGCUGAGGAACGCGCUGCGAUACAGGCGGUAUUCGCCAAACUCGACUACGAGUCGGUGGGCCUCGAGAGCUUGACUAGACUCUUGGUGGUCUACCCUUGGACUCGGCGGUACUUUGGUGGGUUUGGAAACCUGUUUAACUCCGAGGCAAUCAUGGCUAACCCAAAGGUCGCAGCGCACGGGACUGUAGUGCUCCAAGGUCUGGAGAUGGCUCUUAAAAACAUGGAUGAUAUCAAGAACACCUACGCUUCCCUUAGCGAGCUUCACUCAGAGAAACUGCAAGUCGACCCAGGCAAUUUCCAGCUCUUUGGUGACUGCCUGACCGUGGUGAUCGCUACACGCAUGAGGACCGAGUUCACCCCAGACAUCCAAGCUGCGUGGCAGAAGUUCCUGGCUGUUGCUGUGUCAGCCCUAAGAAAGCAGUAUAAUUGAUUCAUCGACUGAACGAGGAAAUUAUGUAGCCUACUGAGAUUGUGUAAUGCACAGCAAAAAUAAAUAAAUAAUAAUUU